GAGAAAUAUAUAUACACAAAAGCUCCUGUAAAAUAUAUUAGAAUUUUCCCAAAAUCAGAGACUAAACUCUAAAACAACGUAGCCCUUUCGAAAUGUUUCGUUCGUAUGUGCGGAAGGCCGUUCGGUCUAGCCGGGCAUUCGCCCGGGCCUACUCCAAGGAUGUGGCGUUUGGUGCAGAUGCGCGUGCAAGGAUGCUGCGCGGCGUGGAUGUACUCACGGAUGCUGUCGCCGUCACACUGGGUCCUAAGGGACGCAGCGUCAUAUUGGAGCGACCCUGGACCUCGCCUAAAAUAACGAAGGACGGUGUCUCGGUGGCGCGUGCGAUUUCUCUGAAGGAUCAGCACAUGCAGCUGGGCGCUCGUCUGGUGCAGGACGUCGCGGACAAUACGAAUCAGUCGGCCGGCGACGGCACCACAACGGCAACCGUGCUGGCUCGUUGCAUUGCCAAGGAGGGCUUUCAGUACAUAACGAAGGGUGCCAAUCCAGUAGAGAUACGACGUGGCGUAAUGCUGGCCGUCGAGCAUGUCAAGCAGGAGCUGAAGCUGAUGUCGCGUGCGGUCGAGACGCGGGAGGAGAUUGAACAGGUGGCCACAAUUUCGGCGAACGGCGACACGCAGAUUGGACGCCUCAUAGCGGAUGCAACAGAUCGUGUGGGCCGCACCGGCACCAUCACCGUCAAGGAGGGCAAACGGCUCAAGGAUGAGCUGGAGGUGCUGCAGGGUCUGCAAUUCGACAAGGGCUACAUUUCGCCCUUUUUCGUGAACACAGCCAAGGGCGCCAAGGUGGAAUACACCAAUGCCUAUGUGCUGAUCACACACAAAAAGAUCAAGUCGCUUAGGCAGAUUCUGCGAGCGCUGGAGCAGUCGCUGCGACAACGCCGUCCCCUGCUCAUCAUUGCGGAGGACAUUGAUGGCGAGGCGUUGAACGCUCUGGUGCUCAACCGGCUCAAGCUGGGUCUGCAGGUGUGCGCCGUCAAGCCGCCUGCCUAUGGCGAGUACCGUAAGCAGCUGAUUGGAGAUAUUGCGGUCGCCACGGGCGCCACGGUGUUUGGGGAUGACGUUAACUAUGCCAAGAUCGAGGAGGCCAAGAUUGAUGACUUUGGUCAGGUGGGCGAGCUGGUUGUUACCAAGGACACGACCAUGCUGUUGCAGAGCCAGGGCAAGCCCGAGCUGCUCAAGCGACGCAUCAAAGAGCUGCAGGAUGAACUAAGGGAUCCUGCAACAAAGAACGAGCAGAAAGAGCGCCUACGCACUCGCAUUUCCACGCUGACCAAUGGCGUCGCCGUGAUCCACAUCGGCGGCACCAGCGAGGUAGAGGUGGGCGAGAAGAGGGACCGCGUCACCGAUGCCCUCAACGCUACGCGAGCUGCCAUCGAGGAGGGCAUUGUGCCCGGAGGUGGCACUGCUCUGCUCCGUUGUAUACCACGCCUGCUGGAACUGAAUCCGGACAAUGAGGACUUGAAGCACGGCAUCGCCAUAGUCGCGCAUGCUCUGCGCGUGCCAUGCCUGACCAUUGCAGCGAAUGCCGGGGUCGACGCCGCCAUGGUGGUGGCCAAUGUGAUGAAUGGCGAGGGCGACUUUGGCUACGAUGCCAUGAAGGGUGAAUACGGCAAUCUCAUCGACAAGGGCAUUAUUGAUCCCACCAAGGUGGUGCGCACGGCCAUACAGGAUGCGGCUGGCGUGGCCUCGCUGCUGAGCACCACCGAGGUCAUCAUCACCGAUAUCCACGAUAAGGAUCCCCUGGCUGCUCUUAAUGCUGCCGGUGGUGGUGGUGGUGGACUGGAGGAGGCUCUCGGCGGCAUGGAUUUAGGCGGCAUGGGCGGCAUGGAUGCACUAUCUGCGUUGGGCGGCAUGGGUGGAAUGGGCGGCAUGGGUGGAAUGGGCGGAAUGGGUGGAAUGGGCAGAAUGGGUGGCAUGGAUGACGUGGGGGAAAUAUGUAAUAAGAGUAAGGCCGCAGAGAUGAACGAGGCAGUUCAGAGUAUUCCCGGUAUGGAGGAUGUCACGGUACAUGAUAUUGAUAGCACUCAGUUGUAGAUGUUGUUCGUCCCCUCUUGGCUACUUCACUCUCUCUGUCUCUCUCACAGUCUGUCCUUAUCUGUGUAUUUUUUUUAGCCCUAUAUUACUUUGUGUGUUGGAAACUUUGUUUUUGUAGUUGUGAAUACCAAAUUCUUGUUUUGCUGCCCGAAUAAAAGAAAAAUUGUUAACAGUGC